AAAUGGAGUUCAGUGAUGAGUCAAAGUCUUCAAUCCUGCCAAAAGGUCACAAACCUUGUCUGUGGACCACUCAUGGUGGGAUUUGGGACUUUAGACGUCACCUCACCUCAGCUCAUGUUCAGACAGGAACAAUGACGUCUAGACUGGUACCUAAACCUUCGAACUUUUCUCUCUUGAGCUUUCAGCCAAAUGACAAAAGGGACCCAGCCAGCUCAGACGAGGUAACACACAAAAUCUGCACAAACAAGAUCCAUGUGAACGAGGAAAAAUCUAAUCUGAGGUCUCACCACCCAGCCAUACAGGCGGAGCUCAUGCUGGUGCCAGAUCACAGUUGGUAAAGCCUUUGCUGGAGCUGCCAAAUACAACACUGUGUGUGUGUGUGUGUGUGUGUGUGUGUGUGUGUGUGUGUGUGUGUGUGUGUGUGUGUGUGUGUGUGUGUGUGUGUGUGUGUGUGUGUGUGUGAGAGUGACAGACAGGUGCUGUUACAGUUUCUGGAUGAUGAAGAGUUGGUGUUAGUUUCCAUGAUGAGGAGACCGGCGGUCCAAUCAGUAGUUAACGAUAGUUUUAAAACCGCUUUUAAAGAUUAACAUUAGGGCUGGGCGAUAUGGCCUCAAAUCAAUAUAACAAUAUAUUGAUCCGUUCACCUCAAUAACGAUAAAUGGACGAUAACUACUCCACAAGCUACAUGCCAACCUUUGAACCGUCCUCCAUCUCCUCACCUGUCUUUCCCUCUUUGUUACAGACUGGAUGGGGUGGAGUCACGUCUCUGACGUAGGACAGCAUCUUAAAAGGGACAUGAGACCAUAGCCUACCUACACACAUCCAAAACCAACUUUGAUUUAUUUAUUUUUUUGACACAGAAAUAUCAAUAUGGGCAAAAUGACGUUGGUUAUUGUUGUAAAUUUGGGCUUCGGUAAAUUUUCGGUUUGUCAGCCCUAAUUAACAUGCAAUCAAAACACGUGCAAGAAAGCUUGGGAGCAUGAGGAAGUUUCAAAACUAUCAUGCAGCCACAGGUGGAGACAGGAGAGCAGGGAAAGAAAGGAGCAGGAGGAGGCAGGAGGAGUGUGUGUAAAAGCCGAGGGACAGAAUGAGCACUACAAGAGAGAGAGACGAAUAUGCACAACUGAGUGAUAUUGAGCUGAAUCGUAACAAAUACAGGCCCCUAAAGUUCAGUCUGGAGUGUAUGAUUUUAUAUAUUACGCAGUUAGACAUACAUGCAUGAUUUGUUAACACUUAUUUGUCAAAGAAUUGAGAGUUUUUAAGUAUUUCAAGAGGUUUUAAGUUAGACAAAAGUGUUUUAACCAUCAUGUUUAAUAACCAUGGUCUCAAUAUCAAAAUAACCUUGACUUUGAUUUAUUGCAUAAUGUAGCAGCCCUACAUUAGAGAGCAGUAAACAGCACGGUUGUCAACAAAUAUUCUAAAUUCGAAUAUAUACAUUUGAACUUUUAAAAAAAAGAAUCAAUAUUUGCAUGUUAAAAAACAGCGGAAAAAGGUCACAGGAGCUGCACCUGCAGUGAGACUCGAUGAAGACCGUCCGUAGCACAUGAAGAGAGAGAUGGAGGGAUGGUCAGAGCAAAACUCGGAGAGUGUGGUCUGGACUUCAACGAACUUUAAAAGCUGCGCUUGGAAAUUCUUCAGAUUUUUGCGCAGACACGGUAGACGGAAAAAAUGCUGAGUGUGAUAAAGUCAUAUUCAAGCUGUGUAAAUUAGAUAUCCGAAUAUGUUCAAACCUAUGUGUUAUUUUUAGAAAUAAUAUUUGAACGUCAUUUUGGAGCAGUUUUGACAGCCAUAAUUAACAGUCUGUUUCACUUGCAAUUAUCAAAGCAGAGCUGACGACAUAAAUCAGUUUUCAGAACUCAUCAAACCCAUACUUAUGUUUUUGCACAAGACUAAACCAGAGAGUCUCCUCCAAGUAUCCUAAAGCGGGUUUCAGCCUCACUGUCAGUUCUUUAAUCCCAACUGCAUGACUGCAAUCAUUUGCAAAUGAUGAAGAAUACAUAUUCAACAACCAGCGUCGUAAACAACCACAGCUGCAUUUCCAGCUCAUCCUCUCAAACCGCUUUCAUGUGUUUAUCUGAAUAUUCAUCGGUGAACCUUUUCCCACUUGAAGAUGUUCAGGAAAUCCCUCCUUAUUGAGCACAGGCAGUCGAACCCAUCCUGUUCAAGAGCUGCAUGAAAGGAAAUCAGCUGCACAGAGCACCUUUGAGAUGCAUGAUGGGAUGCAGCCCCGGACACGAGGCCUUGUUUACUGACAGCUGCACCUCGCUUGUUAAACUUAUACAUUAUCUUUUCAUUGCGGCGCGUUAAAGUCAAAACGUUGUGAUGCGCACAGCCAACCAGACCUGUCAAGUCUAUUUCUAUCCUGCUAUUGUCUCUUUCAUACUGGCUUUUUUUUUAUUUUUUAAACUGGCGAAGGUGUCGACCAGUCAGCCAACCACAGAGGCUGUCAAACUGUCAGCGCUCAUGAAAGCAAUUUGCAGCAAUCAAAUGUCAAGCUACCAGUCGGAAAGCAGAGAGGGAGAAGAAAACAACAAAGAAAAGAAAAGGUAAUUACAGUGCUGAACAAUACACUCACUUUUUUUAUACAUUGUGUCAGGAGCUUAACCUUUUUUCAGCCUAUUGUUAUUUCAGAGGGGAAAAUACGACCGUUUUAAAAACAGAUCACCUCAAACCAAAAACUGACUAUUUACAGCAACAUUAAACUAAUAACAUAAUUCACAUGAAAGUGUCUCCGUCCAUCAGCUAUCCAGCCAGGCCAGAUGGAGUAUAAUCCCUUCAGCUGGCUCUGGGUCUACCUCAGAGUCUCCUCCAAGCUUAGAAAACCUCUUAAGGGAGGCGUCCAGAGGGCAUCGAAUCAGCCACCUCAGGGGGAACAGCUCGACUGUGAGCUCCCUCUGGGUGUCUGAGCGCCUGACCCUGUCUCUAAGACUGAGUCAAGAAAGCCUAAAACUCUUGUAAAAUGAUAGACCGUCAAAUAUCACAUCGUCUGAGAACAACAGAGUGACUGUUCCUGCUCUGAAUAUGCUCAUUUCCUGCCUGUGGCUCCUAAAACCAGUGUUGUGUCGUUCGCGAAAGAACCGAAUCUUUGAAGUAAAAAAUGAACCGAAACACUUCCUCAAGUGAUUCGUUCGUUUCUCACUUCAGUUGAGCUGUCAGCAGUGCAGCAUCGCCAGGCAAGCAGCCAGUGAAUGAGGGACCACAUGCACAGACGCCUGAAUCACUUGGUAAACUAAUCACACAUUGAACUUCAUUCUCUGGAAUCAUUUUUGUCUGACAAAACUAACUUCUUUUUUUUCUUUUACUGCUAAAUUGCCAACACAACAACUUGCAUACAACAGGACACAGCAUGUAAGAAGUAGUGCAUUGAACCUGCAGCAUCCUAUCAUUGCAGCAGUUUGUGAGGGAACGAUGCAUGUACAGUAUGAAUUCUUCUAAAAGUUCAGUGAACGAAUCACUCACUGAGCCCAAUUUACUGAGUAGACCUGAUAAAUAGCAUAUCAUAGGACAGUACACUUAAAACAUCAUGACUUAUAAACAAGUUCAUUUUCACAAAACUGUUUGCCAAAGCAACACAGACAAACACUAUCUUCCCUCGGUCCCAGAAGCUAUGAACUGAACUGAAUCCUAAACGUUCAGCUGUGUAUCAAUUCAGGAGGUCGGAGUCACAGGCUCCUCCCACCAAGCACUGAAUGAUUUGGUGAUUCGGUGAACAAAUCUUUUGAACGAAUCUUUUAAGUGAACUGAUCUAAAAGAACUGCCGUGCUCAUCACUACCUAAAACCAGCAAAAUGAAAAACAACUGAAGUCGACAGAAACCUUGUUCUGGUAGGGGGACUGUUGGUAGACCAUCUUAAAAGCCUCUUCUGCCCACAUUAACUACACACUUUGUUAAAAUUUACUUACAUAUUUUGGUCGGGUGUCUUCAUCUUCUCAGAUGGGAAAGGUUUUAGUCAAAGUUGAGCCGUUGAUCCGGCUCCUUCACUUGCAGGAGAGUCUUCAGUGGAGUCAUGAGGAUGAACAGCCGUCCUAAAAACAGAAAACUUUAUUUUAUUUUCUGGUGCGUUCAUGAACUUCACAUUUUCUACACUAAUCAUAAUAGAAAUAUUAAAAAAAAAUCCAAGUUUGUAUUUCUCUCUUGGUAUUUCUUUCCCCUCCUCCAAUAAUCAAUCACUCUGACUCCGUCGGCACAAAGUCUGACAUCAAUCAAUUAUGUUUGACCAAAAACUAUCAAAGUCGGUGCCUUUUGAAUUUUCUCUGUGUAGGAGAGCCAGAUUCCCACGUUUCACUUGUUUUUGUUCUCUGUUAACAUCACAGCCAAAUGUAUUUGUUCCCUCUCGACUCGAACACUGAGAGCAGGUGCUUUUUCAUGUGUUCUCUGAAACAUGCUCAGUGGGUUUUGGGUUCAGUGUUCCUCUGAGGAUCCCAUUGUUGAAGCACGUCCUCCUCUUCAGAGCAGAUCAAUGAUGUACGUUUGAUUUUAAAGUGUUACGUAAGAUACUAUCUUCAGAGGCGAAGAGGCAUUUAGACGGUUAUUUUCAUAGAAAUUAGAAAUACAAAUAUAUCAAUAAACUAAUUACUGAACAAAUUAUGUAUUUAACUAAUUUAUGCUGCAGAAUGACUCUGUGAAUCUUAGCUCAUCAUUAUUUCUGUGUGCGAUAUGGAUCUUUAAAACACUUUUAAAGGGUGAAGUAAAGUCAAUAUAACUUAGAUUUAAUAUUUUCCCUCUUAAAUGUGAAGCAGAGGUAUUUCAGCGUAAAAUGAAAACGCCAAACUAAAGCAGAAUAUUCAAUAACAGUUACACUACCCACUGAGCAAUAGACGACUAUCAGACGUCUAGUUUUUUUAGACCUAAUUUCAACCGUCUAGAUUCUGUAUAUUUUUAGACAGAAUUAAGACUUUGCACUUGAACCCAUUAUUCAAUAACUGAUCUCCAAGUACUUAACCAAAACAAUCAUGUUAGUCGUUGAGUAAUAUACAGUGUAGUAUAGAUACAGCCCAGAUUUAGACUUGGUCUAAAUUUAGACUUGGUCUAAAUCUGCUUUAAAGCUGUUUGAUUUAAUUAUUUUGCUGCUAAAUUGUGAUUCGAGGUAAAGAUUGACAGUUUGUCACAGUUGAUUCUCUCCCAUAUGCAGGUUUCCAAUUUUUACAAUCACAUUAUAAAAAACAUUUUGAACCCCUAUUUUUGCACACAUUUAAUAUCAAAUAUAACUUUUAUUUAACUUUAUACCCUGAGUUUUAAAGCAGUCAGUCUUUCAUGCGCUAAAAAAAUAUUGAUUUGUUGCAACAGACCGACUGAAACUGGACUUUUAAAAUGCAUUAGCCAGAUUGAAAUCACACUAAAUCAAACCUCUCUGGGUCAGACUAACAUGUCGGGACAGUGUGGUUUGGGACCUUUUAUUUUUAUCGUAUAAACCACUCAAUUAAAAGUUGAAUUGUGUUGCCAGGAAAGAAAGAAAAGCUCAACAGAUGAAGAAAGGAGGUAGAUGGCAGAAACUUUCCUCAGACAGAACAGAGAUGUGCACUGUCUCACCAUCUCCCUCUAUCCCCUCCCUAAGCAGUCUCAGCAGAUGACUGUCGAUCAUGAAUCUAGUCCUACUCCAGGUUUCUGCCUCUUAAAUAAAGUUUUUCCUCUUCAUUGUAACCUGAUAAAUACUGUUAAGUGUUUCACUCAUGUGGUUGAAGAUGGAUCAGAGUCGGUUUGCUCUUAUGAGAUGAGGUUGUGAAAUGGCGCUAUAUAAAUAAAGAUUGAUUAACUGAGUAAAGAUACCUGAAAACUCAUGAUUAAGUGUCUGUUCCUCAUUAUUAUUUGACGGUUUGUAACUUUAAUGUUUAAGAUUCACAAACUCUUUGUGUUCAACAUGAAAUCCAUGAGAUUUGGUGGGAAAGGCAUCUGUGUGAGGAGGAAUAAAUGAUUGGACAUGCAUAGAUAAUCAAUCUGUCCUCCAGAGCUCUUCACUUCAGCAUCAUGGGCUGGAAGUAAUAAAAGGAUCUUGCUGAGAUCUCCGUGUCUCACUUCAUUCAGCUGCCUCCUCUGAGGAGCCUUCAGCGGGAUGUGACUCAUCCUCUCUGCUGCUGUGUCGGUGGUGAAGAGACGAGCUGCGUGACCCCAGUGCAUGAUUAAUUACUGAUCAUUAUCCCAUCUCCGCUCCCUUCAGUGGGUGCUGUGCUUUUGUCCUCGCAUUUACUAGCGGAGCUUGCUGAAGCACCGGGUUGACUCUGAAAUAUGGGAAUGUAUGUGUCGAAGUGGUCUGGCAGAGGAUGUCCGGUGCUCUGAUUGGACGGUUUUGUAAACAGAGAAGGAAGGAAGUUAAUAUUCAUCGAGUGACAGCAAGGGUGUCAUUAGACCUCUUUCACGGCUCAGAGAGCGCCCGUGUUAUUGUGUCUUAGUUAGAAAAUGAACGCACAACUUAAAGUUUGGUGACAAGAACACGCAAUAGGCCUAUUUUCCAUGAACAGCUUGGACAUUUGUGGUAAAAACGCCUUUCACUAAAGAGCUUUUUUUUUAUGCAGAACGUUCCUGCAGCCAAUUUCUGAUGAGUCAAUGAUGCUGCGAAACAUGUGUAUAAUACAAAGAGGGCAACCCAGGCCCCCUCUUUGAGAGCUGAUUACAUCUGUUAUGUUGGAUUUUGUCAUUUCAGGUCAGUUGAAGUUGAAUCAUUCAGUUUGUAAUUUAUCCCGUCUGCUUUGAAUACAGGAUUAAUCAUGUCUGACCUAAGUGCAAAGCUGCAGGAGGAGGACUGCCUCGGUCAGACUGCAGCUUGUUAAAAACGGAGCGUGAGUUAAUUUAAAUCUAUUACUGUAAAAGCACAUCCAGAUAAUGAGACAUAACGCUGCCAAAGCCUGUAAUAAAACAAGAUGAUUUCAUCUGGAGCACAGUGAGGAUGUCUGAGUCACACUAAAUUAAGGUGAAAUUAAUCUUUUCUUUAAAUGUGUAAAUGUGUGAGCAGUUUUCAGGCCCCAAAUUAACACUAUUACCUUCUAGUGUGAACUCUGCUUUAGUCUUAUAUGGUCAGACGAGUCUGUAAUUCAUACCAUUUCAUACCAGAGCAACAGCUGCAUACUAAAGCGCCUCUAGAAGUGAUUGAAUAGACCUGCAACCCAUCAAAUUAAGGCAUGACACAAUGCAUAGCAACGGAAAUGUAAACAGGAUGUCUGCAGAUACAGAUUUCCUCUCCGCUACAGAGAUUAGAGCUGCUCCUUGUUAAACCCACUCCUAUAUAUCUGUACAUGAGUAUUUGGCUCCCUAUAUGUACUGUAUAUAAAAACUGUAUUAAAAUAUAUUUUUAAAAAAACAAACUCUGCUCAAUAAGAAUGAAUUCCUGCAGCUUCGAUGUGAUUCCCUGUUGCCUGACUAUUCUAUUAAGGCUGAAUUUCCAUUUGCUUCACUUCAUCCUUUCAGCCUGAAAUCACGUUUGUCAGCGGCCAGCUUUUCUUGGAAGAUUUGUUCAGUGUCUCUCUGCCCAUGUGGGUGACAUAAACCAGACUUUUUCUUUUUUUUUUUCAUAACAACCGAAAAAUUAUGCAGAGUUAUGAGUUGGAUAGCUGUCAGUCAGCUUGCAGCUUCAAUGGUUUUGUGAUGAAAAGAAGGGUGCAUAUGCAGAGAGAGAUUGAAGACUAAACUGGGUCUGAAGAGUCAAAAGUCAGAGUUUUUGAAGCUGAAUCACUUUGGUAUUUAACUCUACACUCCCUAACUGGGCUAAAUGCAGAAUAGCUACCAAAGUUGGGCUGUUUCAAGUCAGCUGGACUUGUUGCACUGGAUGAAAGACGGGAAAAAAAGGUGAGAUUUUUCCAUCCAGUUAAUCAUCAGUGCUGUGAUUCAUGCACAGCGCUGCUCAGUGCUUGAAGCCAAAGAUUUUGUUCCAGUCCAGACUGAAUGAGGAGAGAUCUGCCUCUGCACCUCAGUCAGUGCUGUCAGCUUUGUCUCUUAACUUAAAGGGAUAUUCUGGCGUAAAAUUAGGUUAGGGUCAAACGCAUCGUAACACCGAUUUAGACACCCUGUCGGGAGAUGAAUGUUGCUGACCGCUUGCUUCUCUAGUUAUACUAACUUUCGUAACAACCGCAGGAUAACAAUACAGAGAGCCACACGCUCAACCAAAACGCCACUCUAUAGCCACAAAUAAUGCUCAGAACAGCACCUAACUUCAUCAACAGGACAUAUAGGGUCCCAGCCAUAGUACUAGCUUUGCCAAAUGUCUUUAGCAAAGAGACUAAACACAACUCACCAACUCUCUUCCAGCAGCCGCUUGUUUGUAUGGAGACCUCAGGGUGACUACAGCGGGGUGACGCAGCUCAAGGAAGAACAUUUAUGAUCAUUUCUUUAUCAUUUCCUUGAAAUAAUAAUCACCAUAUUAAUUAUAAUAUUAAUUAAAUAUAAUUAUUAUAAUAAUAAUCACCAUAUUAUCAUUUUGCACUGCAGAUGCGGUCGUUCUUCUGCCUUAGCGUCUCGGUCUGAUUGAAUUUCCAUGAAGAAAUGAUCAUAAAUGUUCUUCCUUGAGCUGCGUCACCCCGCUGUAGUCACCCUGAGGUCUCGCUACAAACAAGCGGCUGCUGGAAGAGAGUAGGUGAGUUGUGUUUAGUCUCUUUUCUAAAGAAAUCAGGCAAAGUUAAAAAGAUGUUUGGUGGCUAGUGCUAUGGCUAGGGCUAGGACCCUGCGGUCGUUACUAAAGUUGGUAUAACUAGAGAAGCAAGCGGUCGGCAACAUUCAUCUCCCAACAGGGUGUCUAACUCGGUGUUAUGGUGUUUGACCCUAAAUUAACUUUACGCCGGAAUAUCCCUUUACAGUCAAGUCCAUAUCGAAUAUCAAAACUGAAUUCAGGUUGCAAUUCAAAUUGCUGUCUUUUAUUUAUGGGACAAAAAUGAUCUUUACCAUCAUGAAUAUUUACUAUUAUGAAACUGUACUCCUCUGAGAAAAGGGAAAGGCCGUUUCAGGUCACAGGAAUAAAUAACUUGUACAGAGACGUCCUGCAGUGAAUGGAUAUGAAGAACUCGCUGCAGUAACUACAUUCAAUCUGUUAACCUUCAGAUUAUGUGGCGUGACUCAUACUAAGCAUGGCUGUCCAUCCUGGGCGCAGAUGGUGGAUAACUCUAACAUCUCUGCAGGUAGGCAGACGACAGAUAACCCACUCUGAGGGGGUCUGGACACUUGUGUGUGUCACUGUCUCACUGUGAAUCAUUACACCCAGGAGUCCAUCACACUACCUGUAGUCUGGAUAAACAGAGAGUCCCAUUUACCAACUGUUCUUUGGGAGGAAUUUGGUGUUAAAACCUACUUUUACAGGUUUUAAUAAAACUCAAACUGUCAUGAAAGUUUAUCCUUAUCCUGAUUUUGGUCUGAGCUGAGAAGGAAAUCUAAAAACAAAAGCACUCUAACACAUCUGAGAGCUGAUAUGCAAAUGUUCAAGUAUCACAGUCAAUGCUUUUAUAUUCACUGGGAAGGCAACUUGUCUCAGUUAACCUCCUAGAUUUGAGAUCAAACUUUAUUUCACUUGUACCUUAGAGCAGCAGGCAGGAGACGGUGAGGUGUCAGGGGAGCUGAGGGCCCAGGACCAGGUGUGAACUCAGAAGAACCCAAUAAACCAGUAGGAACAGGCGGAGAACCGAGGAUCCCUUUUGGUGAUAGAGCGAGAGUUCCCUUUGGUAACCAAACAGCAGUUUCACCAAAGCAGUCUGGGACCAGGAACUCUGAAACAGACCUUCUGUUCAGGUGGCUGAGGUGGUUUCUGGGAAUUUGACAAACCGAGCGAGGCGCAAGAUCUAGAGAGAGCUUGAGAGUCCUGACUGAGCAGACAAAGCUUACAUCUGCAAAAUUUAGUGAUCCGAUCAAAAAUUUGAGGGAUCGGAAAAUCUGAAUCCAAAAUCAAACAAUCCGAUCAUGACGUGCGUGUACGUGCGCUUAGUUUUCUUCAGAUUGAAGCAUUUGGACAUGCGCAGAGUUGUCCAAAUUCGCUUAAACAACCACAGAAGAAGAGUUGUAUUUCCGCCUGUGCUGUAAACAAACCAACAAACCAUAGAUAUAUAUAUAAACGCUAGAUGUCGUAUGCACGCUGUUAGCCAAUGGAGACCGCUGUCUGCGCAUGGCGGCCAUUUCGCUUCAGGACACUCGCCCACUCAUAACAUUCCAGUCUACGGUGCAUGUAGCAUUUCAAUAACCACAAAUUGCCUAAUUUUGAACCGAUUUUCAAACGGUUUGGUUUUUAACAAACCGCAGAGUUUUUUUUAUGUUCCUGGAUAUUCAAGAAUAAUUUUAACCAUUUUCAUACGUAUUUUCAUAAAUAAACAUUAAGCAGAUAGGUAGAGCAAUAACUAUAGGCCUACACACACAAGGCAGUUACAUUAAAUCAUUUAUAUAGAAAACAUUUAUCAUUCCAUGUAUGUUUUAUUAGUAGUAUUUCUAUUAUAGGGAUAACUAAUAUAAAUUUCUGCCUCAUGUUGCCAUUUUAGAUGUUUUUAACAAACCAAACAGCUUGGAAAUCAUGAGCAACUUAAGUUCUGUUGAAACGAAAGAGCAUUUCUGCCUCUCCAACUGAUGUGACGUUGUUGGAUCAACUUUGUAAAAUGUACUUGGUUUCAAUCACAGCGAGUCUGUUAGCCAAGUUAGACAGCUGAUAAACACAAACACAUCCACAAAGGCUGUAACAAAGUAAAUGAGGCAGAAUUAUAAAGGCACCACGAUGAUGUCUCAAUCUUCACUAAUACUCACUCAAAAUAUGUUUAACAUGAACACCCUCAAAGUGUUCCUUUCACAGCCGGGGCCUGCAGAUGCCAGUUAAUGUAGGGUGAGACCUCUUCAUCCUGUGGACCUCUACAUUGGGGUGGGAAAAAAGCAUCCCCACACAUUAAGGGAUGAAUAAACCUUGCUGUAAUAUCACGCUUUUCAAUACAACCUACAUUGUCUGCUCCAUUAAUCUGCUGUGUUUUCCUUCUGUGAUUUUGCAUCUCACUCGGUCUCCUGGGGUUCCCACAAUAAACUCUCUUUGGUCUGGUAAAAACAGAGCGAAAACAUUUUUGAAAGACUGCCAAAGCAAAUCAAGAUUAAAGCCAAGAUAAAAUGAGUUUUUUAAUAGCAGCUGUUUUCAAAGAUGGACUCUUGAUUUAUCUGCAAAGCUGCAAACAUAGUCAAGAAGGAGGUGCUAUUUUUGCAUUAAAGACUAUAGUUAAAGAUGAGUUAUUUUGUCACUGAAGAGAAACCAGACUUCUGCACCUUCUCUGUGCUCUGCUUUCAGGCCUCAAAGGUCCAGACAGGGACUUCAGAUGGUGAAGGCCUAAUGCGAUGGUGGAGGCCUCUGCUAAAGAAUUUACAAUCCCAGCAACUCGUCUCCACUUUGGGACAAUAAAGAUAUUCUGAAUCGGAG